CCGCGGAUCCCUUACGAAUUGCUUCACAAGAGGUAGUCAACGUUCAAACGUUCAACCGCGAACGAGGAUUACGAGUAGGGAAUGCGUUAUGGCUUAGCGAUACAACAAACACAUUCCCAUGAAGCACUACAUCGAAGAUGAAAGCAGUCAAGUCAACUACAGGCACUUAGCUGUGUGGGCCCCAGGAUCAUUUCUCAAUCAUCGAUUCACCCGAUACGGAGAUCGUCCCCGAUUAUCGAAGAUUUUCUUCCAGGUAUCGACGGCCGAGAUUGCUUUCCUACCAUAUUUCAAUCCGUCGGAUGGUCCAUUGGCUCUCCCGGGGCCUUACUGAAACUCCCGAAGAAAUCAACAGAUUUGAGGUGUAGAUAUCCCA